GCCCCGUUCCCGGCCAUGCUGUUCCGCUUCGGGGUGGUGCUGCCCUCCCGGGUGAUGGAGGGCGGCGCGGAGCUGCUGGUGGCCGGGUCGCGGCCGGAGCUGGGCCAGUGGGACCCGCAGCGCGCCGUGCCCAUGAGGCCGGCGCGGCCAAGCGCGCCGCUGCCCGCGCAGGAGCCCGCGCUGUGGCUGGCGGAGGUGGAGCUGCCGGACGAGGACGCCGCCAGCCCCUUCUGGUACAAGUUCCUGCGGCGCGAGGGCGGCCGCCUCCUCUGGGAAGGUAAUGGGCCCCAUCAUGAUCGAAGUUGUGUUUACAACCAGAGCAACAUAGUAGAUGGAGUUUAUUGCCUCCCAAUAGCACACUGGAUUGAAGUCUCUGGACAUACUGAUGAGAUGAAACAUACAACUGACUUCUAUUUUAAUAUUGCAGGACAUCAAGCUAUCCAUUACUCCAGGAUUCUGCCAAACAUCUGGCUGGGAAGUUGCCCUCGGCAGCUGGAGCAUGUGACCAUCAAGCUGAAGCACGAGCUGGGUGUUACGGCUGUGAUGAACUUCCAGACUGAAUGGGACAUUGUUCAGAAUUCCUGGGGCUGCAACCGCUACCCAGAGCCCAUGAGCCCUGAAAUCCUCAUGAAACUGUAUAAAGAGGAAGGUCUUGCCUAUGUCUGGCUGCCAACUGCAGACAUGAGCACUGAAGGAAGAAUACAGAUGUUGCCACAAGCUGUCUGCCUCUUGCACGGGCUACUGGAGAAUGGACACACUGUCUAUGUUCAUUGCAAUGCUGGUGUUGGCAGGUCUACAGCUGCUGUCAGUGGCUGGCUGAAGUACGUCAUGGGAUGGAGCCUGCGGAAAGUCCAGUACUUUUUGACUUCCCGGAGACCAGCUGUCUACAUAGAUGAGGAAGCUCUGAAUCGUGCUGAAGAUGAUUUCUACCAGAAAUUUGGGCAUCUUCGUUCCUCAUACCAAAUACAAGAGUAGAAAAGCAGAGGAGGAAA